AGGGAAUAGGAUUCGACUCCAUUCUUACUAUACCGCCCAAAAAUACUGUCAACCAAUUGCAAUUAUUGUAGUUCAUUGAAAGCUCCAUUAUAGGCUAGGUUAAAAGUAGUGACAAGAUAGAAAGGAAAUCACAUUCGAAGGAGAUUUCCUUUUGUCCAAUGGACGUUUAGGACGUAAGAACUAAGCUUAUAAAUAACAAGGUGACAGCUGUCAGAGUGCACAUUGACUGCUGCUGUGAGCUAGUAAUCGAGGACCCAGUGUGUACUGUAAUAUUAAGGCACCAGCCAUGUACGCCUGCGCUAAGUUUGUCACCUCACCUGCUGUGCUGCGUGGGGGGUCCAGAGUCCUCGCCCGGCCAGUCUCGGUCUCAGUCUUCAACAGACCUGAAGCCAAAAGUGAGCAGCAGACCCUGUUGCCUGCUGGUGAGGCCUCUCUUCUAACCCGGGGGUUCCAGACCAGCGCUGUCUCCAGAGACAUCGACACUGCCGCCAAGUUCAUCGGUGCUGGAGCCGCCACAGUGGGAGUGGCUGGAUCAGGGGCUGGAAUUGGAACUGUGUUCGGCAGCUUGAUCAUCGGCUAUGCCAGGAACCCCUCCCUGAAGCAGCAGCUCUUCUCCUAUGCCAUCCUGGGCUUUGCCCUGUCCGAGGCCAUGGGGCUCUUCUGUCUCAUGGUGGCAUUCCUCAUCCUGUUCGCUAUGUAAUUUAGUCACACACUGUUCCCGUCCCUGCCCCGUCACCUUUCUCCCAGGGAAUCUAAGCUCAUGAGGCCGUGGCACCGCCAUUCCAAUCAAAAUCACCGACUACAAAUCCUGCCUUUUUAUGUUCCCCCUUUUUAUUUUUUUUCAGAAGUUUAACGUAAGAGCUCACUUUGGUUUAGACGGUCUGUCAGAAUAAAUGGUUGGGAUAA